GCAUGAAUGGUUCUGUAUUACUAAUCUGUGCUGAAAAUAGAGUGAGUUACAAAACUGUUGAGUAAGUGAAAUCUCUUGAGUAAAGAAACUGGGAGUAGGGGGAAGGCUAUCUGCUGACGCAAAAUACUUUGAGUCCCAUAAUGGAAGAAAGAUAGGACAUCACUCAAAUAAAUAAAUAUGUAAAUACAUAAUCCAUCAAUGAACAGAAAUGUAAUAUUAUUUGGUUCCCACUAGAAUAGCAGAGAGGUAUAAUUUCCAAAGAAUUCUAAAAACAUGCCUUCCUGAGAACUCAACAAGAGUUCAACAAUCCAACCCCCAUAAACACAUCCAUAAGUAUGAGAAAAGAAACACAGAGGAACUACUAUAGGAACUUGGGAACUUUUAAAGUUUCAUCUUCAGAUCAUUUCCUCUUUUUUGCCAAGGUCUGAAAAUUUGUCACUCACUGUUUAUAGCUGCCCCUCGUGGAUGUAUAAGAGAACUAGCCAGCUGCAUUACUUGACACUUAACCAAUACUUGGCAGCAGUAAGACACAACAUAUUCUUGAAGUCUAAUUUUGGAGCUAACGUAGCAGUUCUAGGAUUUUUAAGUUAAGCACUGCGAACACCAAGGAACCUUAUUCCUCCAUGAAUCUAAAAUCCAAUCUGAAUGAUUCUUAGAAAACUGGAAUGCUACAAGACUUUGUAUAUUGCUAAGCAUUGCUGCUUCUUCUACACAGAGACCUACCCACUUUCCCAUGUUCCUUAGCAAAACAUCACAGACUAAGGGAAUCAUCAGAACAACAUGCAAAUUCAAGGUUAAAAGGAAGUGAAAGCAUACUAGAAAUGCUCAACUCAAGCACCCCUUCAGGAAACCACUGCAAUUACAGCACAAAUUUUAUAAAAGAAGCUCUUCCAUGGGCAUAUGGUUUCAUCUUUAUAGUAGGAAUCCUAUUAAAUGGAGCUGCAGCCUGGGUUUUUCUACAUAUUCCAAGCAAGACCAGCUUUGUUGUCUAUCUGAAGAACAUUGUUAUUGCUGACCUUAUCAUUAUCCUAACAUUCCCCUUCAAGAUUUUUGCUGAUUCAGAGAUUGGACCCUGGCAGCUCAAAUUUAUUGUCUGCCGUUUCUCUGCUGUUAUUUUUUACCUAAAUUUGUACAUCAGCAUAACAUUGUUUGGACUCAUAGGCUUUGACAGAUGCUACAAAGUUGUGAAUUUACAAUUCAUCAGCUCUGCUCACACAGUUCGUUGCAGCAAAAUUGCUUGUGUUGUCAUGUGGGCACUACAUAUGCUCAUAUCACUUCCUAAUAGUAUUCUUACGGAUAAAACUGCUACCAAAGAAAAUUCAGGAAACUGUAUGAGACUCAAAAGUACACUUGGUGUCAAAUGGCACAAGGCUUCAAACUACACGUGCCUAGUGGUUUUUUGGACUGUGUUCCUCCUCUUAAUAGCCUUCUACAGUUCUAUUUCAAGGAAAAUAUAUUUUUCCCACAAAAAAUUCAAGAAAAAUUCCAAGUCAGCCAAGAAAAAAACCAACAGAAAUAUUUUCAUCAUCAUGCUUGUAUUUAUUAUUUGCUUUGUUCCCUAUCACAUUGCCAGGAUUCCCUACACAUUAAGCCAAGGUCCAUCACUGUACAGCUGUGAAACAAAAAAGGUUCUGUUUUACAUCAAAGAACUGACUCUUCUUCUCACAGCUGCAAAUGUUUGCCUUGAUCCUAUUAUUUAUGUAUUCCUUUGCCAACCUUUCAAACAAAAACUUUACCAAAAACUGCAGCUCAAAAUGAAGAUAUCAGAGGAAUUAGAAAACUCGAGAUCAAGAAAGUCGAAUGCAAUUGGUGAAACAAUUGUUAUUUCAUGAAUUCUUAUAGUAAACUAUGUAUAAUAUGCUGAGGAGAUGAGCAAAUGGUUACAUCCGGGAACAGUUUAAUAGAAACCAGUUCAAUAAUAUUGGCACACUAAAGUAAGGUUUAAGAUAUAAUAUUAUGGUACAAAUACUUACAUUCACCUCUGACCCCUAUGUACUAUUUUGCUGGCAGGUACCCACCUCUUCUCACUGUCUGUUCCUUACAAGCACUGCACUUGUGUAAACUCAGAGUUUACACAAGUAAAAUAAGACUGGCCAUAGCAUCUUUUCUAGCACUGUGUCUAUUAUUUUCCUUUACUUCUGGCUUUUAAUAGCCCCUAUUUCUGUUGACUUCAGUCCUAAACAAACCAUACCAAUUCAUAAUGGACACUAUUUUCUCCAAGUCAGUUCCUAUUGGAAAGUCCACAGCAGAAUCAAGGCCAAGUUUUCUAGGCUUGUUCCUUUUACCAAAAUCAUUUUACUUCUACUGCAGGUUUCCCUCGCUACUUUCCUCUCCAACUCAUCCUCUAACAUUCUUUUCUGCCUUACUAUACUUAUCCAUCCGUGAAUUUUCAUUUGACCUUGUCUUUUUUGUCAGACCUUUAAUCUAUCCUGAUCUCUAUCCACUAGAUGUCAAAU